CAACACAUUUUUUAAUGGGUGGCAUCACUGUUUGUUGACAUUUAACCUCAUAUGGCUUAGUUUUUUCUCAAAAAUGUUAUCUUUCUCUCGAAAAAUUGACAAAAUCGCUUUUAGAACUCUCGAAAAACACCUCAUCCUCGCGUAUUCCACCUCCAGUGAGCCCCAACGCGAAGAGGAAUUUCGCGUCCUGAACCUGAAACAUGGCAAAGGCCAGACUACUCAACGCCGUGUGGUCCGGAAGGCCGAAGUUCCACCCCCUCGAAGCACCCAAAUGGCCGUUGAUCAAGACUGGGGCAACGUCUGGCCCGGCCCGCGAUCCUUUCACCCAGCCACGGUCCCCCUGCCUAUCAGACAAGGUUACGUGCCGAAGGGCGCAGCCCCCGGUAAGUACGGCAAUGCGGAAUUGAUGAAAAUCCCGAAUUUCCUCCACUUGACGCCCCCCGUGAUCAAAAGACAGUGCGAGGCUUUGAAGAAGUUUUGCACGCCGUGGCCCAAAGCCCUCGACAGUGAUGAGAAAUGCGAGCGCUUUUUCCCCUUGGAGGUGUCCUCGAGUGACUAUUGCCACUCCUCGCCCACAAUCAGGGACCCUCUGGCGAGGAUUGUGAGCGUUAAGUUUAAAUUGGGGGCUUUGGGGCUUGAGGGCCGGGCCAAAGACAAGUUUCUGAGGCUUGUGGGGGAAAGGUACGACGAGAAAACGGACAUUGUGACUAUUGUGACAGACAGGUGCCCUCUCAAGAAGCAAAACUACGAUUAUGCGAUGUAUUUAAUCACAGCGCUUUAUCACGAAUCUUUGAAUGUUGAGCCGUGGGAAGAACUGAAAAGUGAAGCCGAUAUGGAGGUCUAUAUCUGGGAAAAUAAUGCCUCAAAGACAAGCAUAGAGAAAUUAUUCGGGAAGGGGGCCAAAGAAAUAGAAAAUAUCGAGCAAUAUUCACAAGCAGUGGACCGUUAUAUGAACGAAGGGGAAAACCAAUACACUGUGGAUCAGUAUGAGGAAGCUGUUAGGAAAAUUCUAAACUUGCCCCCGACCCCUAGUUAAUUAAUUUUUGUAUAUUAUAGGAGUAAAAAAUAAAAUACAUACGAUUUUU